GUCACUGCGGAACCUGAAGUCUGUGUUUCCAAAAGGGGGAGAACUGAUUUGGUAAAACCUCAAGCUGUGUCUGAAACAUGCCGCAACUCUUCACACGCACUCUCAGCCUAUUACCAUGGAUCUCAGCCUUCCUCUGUGGGGUUACUACAGCAGAAGAGUUUGAGGUCCUGGAGGGUCGAUCGCUCACAGUCCCGUGUCAUUACGACCCUCAGUAUGCCAGCUAUGUGAAAUACUGGUGUCAGGGGAGGAUGAGGGAUUUCUGCACCAGCUUAGCCCGAACAGAUGACCCCCGUUCAACCAACCCGGCUGUGGAUAAAGUGAGCAUUUUCGACGACCCGGUCCAGCUGGUGUUCACGGUGACCAUGAACAACCUGAAGGAGAAGGACUCCGGGUGGUACAUGUGCGGCGUGGAAGUAGCUGGUAUAUGGAGCCGAGAUGUUGCUACAUACCCUUACAUCAAGGUUAUUCAUGGUAUGUCAGUAGUAAACAACAUUCUGACAGGAGAAGAAGGGAGCAGUGUUUCAGUUGAAUGCCUCUACAGCAAGAGAUACAGAGAGAUUGAGAAGAAGUGGUGUCGGAGUGGAGACUGGAGCUCCUGUCUGGUGACUGAUUCUGAAGGGAGCUACGAAGACACUUCAGUGGCCAUCAGUGAUGACAGAACUACGGCUUUCACUGUAACCUUAAAGAAUCUGCAGAUGAGAGACAUUGGCUGGUACUGGUGUUCUUCAGGAUACCAGAAGAUAGCUGUGCAGGUGCUGGUCACUCCACGACCCACGACUACGACAUCUGUAACACUCCCACCUACAGCGCAUCAGUCUGUUGACCUCCCGCCACCCGGACACAUCACCAUGGACUCCUGGCACAGUCACGGUCUCAUCCUGAAGUCUUUGCUGGUGUGCUCCUCUCUGAUGGCGCUUCUGGGUUUGGCCAUAUUGAUAAGAAAGAAGUGGAAACUUUACAAGGAUCCUGUGCUGAGACAAGUUAAAGAGAUGAAAGCGAGGCGUAAUGAGUAUUCAAGGGAUGUAGGUGACCUGCAAGAUACUGCUGUCAUUUACAUUAACAAGGAUUCCCAGGAGGUUUUUAUGCACUGAGCUUGUCUGUACUCAUGGAGUCUGUGCCGUGUUUAUUCUUUCUCCGGUAACUGAAUGUAAUUUGUUAUUUCACUGCAAGAACACAUGCAUUAUUUGUAUAUUACAUAAAGCAGCAUAUUUAAAAGACAUUUAUGAUGUUUUCUGCAAACUACUUUCCGUACAUAAUUGGUAUAGUAUGGACAUCUUAGCAUAUAUAUAUAUAUUUUCAGACCUACACUAAAAUGUAGAUAAUCUCCUGAAACUCUGGAAAAUGUCCGAAUGAGCUCAUUUGUAAACACAGCAGAAGAAGUUUCUAAAAUGAAAAAAACAAAAAGGAAACAAAUAUCUCAGGAUUAAAAAGCGGUGUCAUACAUGAUGAAGACAUCAAAUAAGAUGUUAAAGGUGUAAGAUUUAGGUGAAAGGGAUCUAUUGGUAGACAUUGGAUAUAAAAUAAUGCUAUUGACGUUU